AUGGCGGCCUCAGAAAAUAUAAUUCAACGAAAAGCUUUGGGAAGAGCUGCUGAAAUUGGACUUCUCUACGAUGUUACGAGAGAGAUCUUUUGUGGACCCUCAAUAUUUAAAAAAGAACCACCACUUGGCAUUAUAAAAAGAAUAGAUAUACCUCAUACUGACCUAAAGUAUGAAUACGAAGAUUCAUAUAAAGAAAAAUUUAGUAUGCUAGAUGUUGAAGCUCAAUUGAGAAUAAGUGUUCUUUCAGGUUUGUUUACCUUGGAGGGAUCGGGAAAGUAUUUAAGCAACACAAAAAAUGGGUUUAAAUCCGUGAAAGGAUCCCUAAUAUACAAAUUGUCGUCAGUAGAGGAAAAUUUAAAUAUAAAUCACAGUGAUAUUUUGACAUGUUUUUCUAUGGAUGCGCUUGGAGUACCAGGCGCUACACAUGUUGUUACAGGAAUAAAGUGGGGAUCCACUAUGGUUGCAUCAUUUGAACAUAAAAAUGUAAAUGAAAAAAAUGUAUCGCAAGUUAGUGGCAUCCUUAAGGCUAACCUUGAAAAGCUUUCACCAUAUAUUCCUGUCUCUGGAGAGACUCUUUUAAAUGUCGAAAAAGAACGAUCUGAUAUUAUUGACCACUUUUCUAUUAAGAUUUUUGGUGAUGUUGUUCCUGAUGAUAAAAGCCUCCCUCAAUCCUUCGAUGACGCAAAAAAAAUCAUGGCUGAACUUCCGUCAUAUAUUAAAAAGUACAAUAACGGAAAAGGUGUUCCAAUCGAACUUAAACUUUAUCCUUUGUCCAAACUUGCAAGACAACUCAAACAAAAUAUUACUAUUAACUAUAUGAUAGUAGAAUUAAAUGAACAAACAAUUUUAAGAAUAGAACGAGUUUUUGAUGAUUUUUUGAAAUCUAAAAAAAAGCUAAAUGAUUUAUAUAACGAUGCACAAUUAAUCUCUGAUCAUAUACCUAAUGAUACUUUUGAUGAAAUAGAAAAAUAUGUGCGACAUAUUGAAAUAGAAGAGACAAAUAUUAGGAAAGAACUUGCUGAUUGUCUUGUUGAAGUACGCUCUGGAAAAAGUGAUAUUAGUGAAAUCGAGCAAUAUAUAUGCAAAUUUCAUGACAUGUUAUCCAAGGAUUCUAUACUAGCAUUUAUUAAAAAAUACAAAACUGUAGAUGAAAAGGCCAGCUUGAUGCUCACUUUAAAAACAAAAAAUGUAGAAUAUAUUAAAAAAGAUGAAACAAUUAACUACAUCCUGCAGAUUAAUCAAGACAUUGAAAUCUAUAUACUUCUUGACAAUGACGAAUAUAUUGUUGGUGGUAAUUCAUCACCAGAAUACAUUAGAUUUCAAGAUCUGUAUAAAGAUUCAAAUAAUAUUUUAUGCAAAUUCUUUAUAGCAGAACUUAAAAUAUGUACAAGAAUAAAAGGGCCUGGUUAUCCGGUUAUUCUUCAUUAUAUAAAUGGAAGACCAGCAAAUGAUAACUAUUAUUUUGAUGAUGAGGAAAUAAAUAUAUUGUUGCUUGGUGAAACAGGAGUGGGAAAAUCUACAUUUAUUAAUGCUUUUGCGAAUUAUCUUAUAUUUGAGUCAUUAGAGCAGGCAAGAUCUGGAAAUAUGAAGGUAUUGAUACCAUCUAAAUUCAUAAUAACAGAUAGCAAUUAUGAUGAGAAAACAAUAGCAAUAGGCGAAAAUGAUCAAAAUGAACAAUUUGAAAAUAUAGGAACAUCAGCUACACAGGGUUGUAAAUGUUAUGUAUUUCAUGCAGCUAACAAAGCUAUAAAAUUGAUUGAUACUCCUGGAAUUGGGGAUACUAGAGGCAUAGAUCAAGAUGCGAAAAAUUUUGAAAAUAUUUUGACACACAUUUCCCAUUAUAGACAUUUAAAUGGAAUAUGCAUACUUCUUAAACCAAACAAUGCACGAUUAUCAUUAGUAUUUAAAUAUUGCAUCCUUGCAUUGCUAACACAUCUUGCAAGAAGUGCAAAGGAUAAUAUUGUUUUCUGCUUUACCAACUCUAGAGGAACAUUCUAUCGUCCAGGAGACACACUAACACCACUUAGAAAAUAUCUUAAUGAUCUUUAUAAUGUUUCUGGUGUUGAAAUAAAGGUUCAAAGAGAUACAACAUAUUGUUUUGAUAAUGAAUCAUUUAGAUUUCUAGCAGCAAUUAAAAACAAUGUACAAUUUGAAGAUGAAAUAAAGACCUUUGCGAAUAGUUGGGAAGAGUCAGUAAAAGAAUCAAGAAGACUUUUACGACAUAUUACAAGUCGUUCACCUCACAAAGUAAAAGAUACACUAUCACUUAACAAUGCUAGAAGAUUAGUGAAACUUCUUAUAAAACCUCUUGAAGAUAUACAACCCCGCAUUGAAUCAUAUAUUAAUUAUCUAGGAGAUAUAGAACUAGAAUUAGAAAAAUCUAACAAGGCUAUUGAAGAUCUUAAAAUGACAAAAUUUGAUAUAGAAAUGGUAAAGUCCUCCAGGACUAUAUGUAAUAUGUGUACUGAGGAUAUACAAACUGAUAAUAACAUACAACGAAAAUGUAAUAAAAUUUGUUGUGAUAAUUGUCGUGUUAAAUUUGCAAGUAAAUUUAGUAUAUUGUUUUGCUCAGUCAUAGGAAUUAAUGGAAUAUGUAAAAUCUGUGGGUGUUCAUGGAAAUUGCACAUUCAUACUGCAAAAUUGGCAAAGAAAAAAUGUCUUGCAAGUUCAGGUUUAGAAUUACAAAUCAAUGAAAACAAAAAUAAAGCUGCAAUAAGACAAGUAUUAAUAGAUGAUUAUCAGGAAAGUGUAAAAGAUAUGCUAGAAGAAAGUGAUAAAAUAAUUAAGAUUAAAAGAAAGUUUAUCUUAUUUUUAAAGCAAAAUUCAAUCGCAAUCAUAAAUGAUACUGUUGAAGGAUAUUUAGAGUACUUUAUAAAUUUAGAAAAAAAUAAUCAAAACUCUCAAGCUAAUGAACGAAUCAAGAUGUAUGAAGAACAGAAAACUGAAGCUAUAAAAGAGAAUAGAUGGAUUUAUGAAGGAUCUGAAAAUGAACAAAAUGAACAAAAUGAAUAUUUAAUUUCACUAAAUGACAUAAAUGAGCUUGAAAAAAUACUAUAUAGCCUGCCAAUAUGUGGUCCAAUUUUGUAUGAAGAAAAACUUAGACAAGAGUAUAAUCAAGAAAAUGAAUUUAGAUAUGCAGAAAAUCACUAUAAUGUUCCUGAAAAUACUAAUAUUUUAUAA